GAUACAUCAGCGCAAUGACGACGCUCAAGGCUUUUGUAGCGUUUACCAUAUGCUUUCUGGUGACCUCGACCACCGCCGUGGCCAUCGGUAAGCAUGGGCUGCAGCCAGCCGUGACGUGCUUUGGGCUGCCUCUUGUGUUGUCUUUCCAGAGGAAGACUACGACAGCUGUGAGGAUUCGAGCUGCGCCACGGAUGGCGGAUUUGAAUCCAUCUCGGCUGGCAUGUCCAGCAACCACAAAGACUACAAAAACGGUGAGGAACGGUGAGGGGCUGCAUGGCUGGAUGCAUCGAUGUCCAAGGGCAGAUCUAUGCAUCUCCCUGGUUGUAUCCAUCCAUCCAUACGUCCAUUCAUUCAUUAAGGAGGUAGUUACUGUCCGCCCGCUGUGUGCAGGUGCGUCGUUUGUCGGCCGCACUCAGGAGGAGAUCCAGACCAUGACCGCCAAUAAGCACGGUGCGCAUGGACGUGAAAACACCCAGACUUAUCCGUGGUACACUGUGUGUGUGUGUGUGGUGUGUGUGUGUGUGUGGUGUGUGUGUGUGUGUGCAGGUGUUGCAUUGGGCGCUGGUGAGUUGUCGGUGUUGCAGCAGCAGAUUCAGACCGGCAAGGCCAUCCUGCAGUCGGCCACCAAACUCUACACGGCAGCCGACUCGCUCAAGGCCGCCGCCAACGACCUGAGGGCAUCAGCAGUGGCGACCAUCGAUGACAUAGCUGACCGCAUGGGCGCCAUCAUGGGCAUCGAGCCGGGCACCAUGGGUACACAAUGAUGCAGAUCCCCUGCAUAUAGCGGAGGCCUUGCAUGCAGCGCAUAUGUGCGUGUAUACUGUCCAUUUUAUUUGGCUUGUGUUGCUUUGUUUGUUGCCCGAUGGAUGGAUGGAUGGAUGGAUGUGUGUGUUGCGUUGUGUGCAGCCAUGGACACCGACCAGCCCCAUUUCCUGAUCCUCCACAAGGUCCAUCCUUGGUCCAUCCUUCCAUGCCACACACGACAUGUUGUCUUGCCUUCCUGCUUUCAGGGUGGAAAGUCGUCGCAAUCGGGAGGAAAGUCGGAUAAAGAGUGGGAACACGAAGAGACGAAGCGGAUAAAGCAGAAGACAAAGCAGGACCGUAUAAACGCAGGUAGACAGGCAGAUGACGUACGUCAAAUUGACAUGUUUCUCUGUCUGUCUGUCUGGGUCCAUAUCCCCCGUGGCUUCAGGCGAGUGUAAGGACGACGGCGAGUGCACGGAGGAGGGCAAGUUCUGCUACAAGCACGUGACAGACCAGAAGAAGCUCUACACGCAGCAAAUCGGGAAGUGCAAGGCAAGCGAUAGAUAGAGGUCAAGAAACCCCCUCUCUCUGAUUGGUUGACUGCACGGUUGCAGAGGGCUGGCGGCCUUUGGGACGAUGGGUGCGGCAAGGAGCACCCCUGGUCGAAGGAGCACCCCUGCGGCACCGGCCUUAAGUGCCAGACAAAGACACACAGAUUUUGGGCUGACAUCGUCCCUAUCGUAAACACGGUUCACGUCUGCCUCAAGCCUGAAAAAGAGAGUUAUUAGCAAGCUCGCCAGUCGAAUGGCCAAACACCACACCACACAAUUAGCUGGCACACUGUUAGUAUGGUCACACCGAUGGGCGACACCUAUAUGUGUCUCCAUGUGUGUCUCCGCUGCCUGUCUGGCUGCCUGUCUGUCUCUCUGUCUGUCUGUCUGUCUGUCUGUCUGAUGGGUAGAUGGAUGGAUGUGUUGGCAAUCGAUGGCUGAUUUAAUUGCCUUUGUUGGUUGACGCACACACACACACACACACACGCUCACAUGCGGACGCCCGGUUUUCUUUUUCUUACAUCCAUCGGUCGGUCGGUGUACAGAUUUCGGACGGUCAUGAUGGACACGCCAGCUGUGGUGAACCGACGGCAUUCAUUCGUCAAUGAAUUGCACAGACAGCCCAAUGUGUAUGUGCAGCCGUCCGGCCGACCUGUUGCUGACC